UGUGGGUCAAACCGAAAACGAGCCUUCGAAGCAUCUAAGAAAACAGGUAACGGCCGAAAGUGAUCAGUCGCACUUUCAGCUGUGCAACGGGAUAGAUAUAGCUGGAAGGUGCAUUCCCCCGUUCACUUUUGCUUUCCCUGCAUUGCUACUUUCGUUUAUUUGGAUAUUUCUCUUUCCCAUGUGGCAGCGGGUUGUGUAUCGUCUGCAGUUAGCCGAUUCCAAUUUUAUGUGUCGCGCUUCGAUUUGAAAGCUUUUUGGAAAGUGUGGUUGAAGGAAUAGUUAUGUGGUUCUGUUGUAAAAGGAAUUGGUGAUUUUUUUCUCUCACUUCAUCCUCGCUUAUCUUCUAGCCUACGUUAAAUUUAGUGGGUGUGACUUGUCGCUAUAGCAUCUUCCAAUCAGCGUGGUAUCCUCGCCGUCAGAACGGAUUCCUUGAUCUGUGAGGGGUGUUCUUUCCCUUUCCUUCCUACCUGUUCCCAAUCCCUGGUCCAAUGUCUCUCCUUCCACCUGUCUGGGUCCUGACAACAGCACUGGCAUUGUUAUGGGCUGAAAGUGGAUUCACCACACCAUUAAACAAUAAUCAAUUGCACUACCAAAUGUCUCCCGAAGAGCUUCAAAGGAUAUUUCAAGUCAAUUCCCCCGACCAAGUGCCAGAAUACCAAGUUGUACAUUUACGAUCAAUAUCAAAAAGGGACGCUUCCGCGGGAGAUGUGAAGCAAAUACAGAGAAUCCAACAGAUUUAGGCACGACGUAUCACGACGAAAAACAAAUGGCUGCCAUACUUAUGAGGAAUGGAGACAAUGGCCAGUUGGAAAUGGAGGGCACGAUAGGAAAUGAACUUGUCAUACAACCUGUGCCACCACAACUGACAAAGUAUGACGAAGAAUUUGUUGAUGAUGAAAUGUUUCUAGAUGAAGACGAAGUAGAGGAACUAAAAAGGAUGAACUACUCUCAGCCUCGAAAGCCAAAUACUACUUAUUCAAAAGGCAAUAAAGGAAAGCAUAUAAUCUACAAGAAAAAAGUACCACAAGUCUUCAAAGAUAAUCAUUCAGAUUACCUUCCCUUGGAAAUGGAGGAGUUCGCCAACAAAACUCUACGCCGUUCUAAAAGACAAGCUUCACCAGACACUGUUUGGCCAGAAGUGUUAUUAGUAGUUGAUUAUGAAUCUUAUAUUCUUCAUGGGGGUAAUAGCAGAGACGUGAAAAGAUAUUUCAUUAGCUUCUUCAAUGGUGUGGAUCUCAGGUAUAAACUUUUACAUCACCCAAGAGUCCGUAUAAGUUUGGCUGGAAUGAUCGUCGCCAAGGACCGUGAUGCUACACCGUACCUUGAAAGAAACCGUCUCCGCCCACCCAAUGCAGAUGCCGUUGAUGCGGCUGGUGCUCUCACCGACAUGGGCAAGUACUUGUACAGAGAACAUCGACUGCCCACAUACGAUUUGGCGGUUGUCAUUACUAAGUUAGACAUGUGUCGACGAAGAUUCCCAGGUGGAAGAUGCAAUCGUGGCACAGCAGGGUUCGCUUAUGUGGGAGGUGCCUGCGUUGUAAAUAAAAGAUUAGAAAAAGUGAACAGCGUUGCCAUAAUCGAAGAUAGUGGUGGAUUCAGUGGCAUAAUUGUAGCUGCCCAUGAAAUAGGUCAUCUAUUGGGUUGCGUCCAUGAUGGCUCUCCCCCACCCAGUUACCUCGGGGGUCCAGGAGCUACCCACUGCCCUUGGGAAGAUGGCUUCAUCAUGAGUGACCUUAGACAUACAGAGCGAGGAUUUAAAUGGUCAUCAUGUAGUGUUGAACAAUUCAAGCAUUUCUUGAACGGUGAAACUGCCACAUGUUUAUUCAACUUUCCUCACGAAAAUGACCUGCUGGUUCGAGUCUUGCCAGGAACCAUGUUGUCCUUGGAUGAACAAUGCAAAAGAGACAGAGGAACAACAGCCUGCUUUAAAGAUGCAAGAGUUUGUGCUCAGCUUUUCUGUUUUGAUACUGCUUCCGGAUAUUGCGUGUCAUAUAGACCUGCUGCAGAAGGUUCUGUAUGCGGUGAUGGUCAGGUCUGCAAAAACGGUAGAUGUCUGGCAGAAAUCGAAAAUAUAAUCCCAGAUUACAGCCAUGUCACAGAAACCUACGUGGAAGCAGAGGAAAGAAUGGACAGAAGUCACGAGGAAAGUGUUAAAUCUUUCCCAACAACACAACCUCCGACUUCAAGAAGAGGAAGGAGACUGAGGGCUUCUCGACGACCGACCAGAAGCGUAUCCAUUAUCAAGUCUUCAACAGAUGGGCAUUCUUCUAGGUUAGAAAAUACCAGAACGGAUGAACGUUCUAUAUAGGAAUAUUUCCUAAUUAAUCUGAUCUCAAUGAAGGGAAUGCCCACUGAAUCUUUGAAGAAGGUUCAACCUAAAAGCCAUUCAUCGCUUCAUAUCUUUCCGGCCAUUCACUUCCAUUAUGUAAAAACAGUUGAAAACUUGCCAAAGGUAGUGGAGGAGACAGAUUUCAUCUUUACCUCAUCUGUUACUAUACUUCAUGGAAAAAAACAAGGAAAUCAAAAUCUGUCUACAAGUACUACAUUAUGAAAGAAAGGAUAAGAGUAAAUUAUUGAAAAUAUAAAGAGUACAAAGAUCGAAAAUCCGAUUUUCAGCAAUUAAACACAUUUCCACCAUCAUUUAGAGGUAUGAAAAUUUCUAUGGCGAUACAUAAAAAGGUUGAAAGUGAAUAAUCCUAUAUACUCACCCAUUUCAUGGACCAUUUUACACCGGCAUACUUAAAUGAACUGAUUAUAUAACUGGAAAAGAAUCAAUUCCUGAUCACAUAAUGAACUGUGAUAUUCGAUUUUAUUAUCCAAGUUUAUGCAUAUUGGAUGGCUGCUAAUGGAAAGAAUUUCGUGCUGUGAUAAAGCAAAGACAAAUAUAGUGCCAGGUGUAUAGUAUUUUUGGAAUAAAGACUAUAUGUGAAUGGCACCAAAAUAUAAUUGAUAUGUUACUGUUUAGAAAAUAUCUUUAGCAGAAUUAAGACAAACCAGAUAAUAUACACUAUAUGCUGCAAAUAAAUUAAUAAACUUACCAUUAAAAUAGAUUUUACUAAACUUUUACCCAAAUUUGAUGCUUUAAAAUAUUUUUUUCUCUAUAAUUUCAUAGAAAAAAAAACAUUUGAUGAACUUCAGAUAAUUUAGAAACAAAAGAAUACAAGCAAAAAAUUUUUAAUUGCAAAACAAAUAUAGUGAUAUUGAACAAUAUUAAUUUUAGAGUAUUUACUUAAAAAUGGAAAAGUAGAGUCUAAAUAUUUGAUUUUCUGUUAGGGUUAUUCAAAUACAAAACAUUUCAAACAUCAAUAAUGAUUUUUUAAAUAUUUAUGACAAAAAAAAAAAAAAAUCUAAAAUAGCAAACCUUAGUAUUGCAAAUGAGGCUAAUUUUUCAGGUUAUAUCUAUAGCAACAUGAAGUAUAAUAUUUUCAGCAUAAAAGUCUGGUUUGUUUUAAUUUGGAAUGUUUCACUUCAUUUCAAAAGUUUUUUGAAGUGGAUGAUGAAAUGCUCUUCUGGUAAUUGGAAAAUAAUUUACCUUGGGGCAUACACUGUAACAUAAAAUGUAUUCAUGAUUACUGCUAAAAAAAAUAUGCUUGAAUAAAAAUUGUUCAUUUACUUGAUCCUGGUUGACAGAAGAAAACUGUACAAUCUAUUCUUGAAGCCAGGUUCAAGAACUAUUUAAAAUAAGUGAAUUUUAUGUUAUAUUAAAGCAUUUUUUUUU